CAGUGCGCCGCCGCUGUCGCCGCCAUGAACAGCGUAGGGGAGGGAUGCACUGACAUGAAGCGCGAGUAUGAUCAGUGCUUUAACCGGUGGUUUGCCGAGAAGUUCCUCAAGGGGGACACCUCCGGGGACCCGUGCACCGAGCUCUUCAAGCGCUACCAGCAGUGUGUUCAGAAAGCAAUAAAGGAGAAAGAGAUCCCCAUUGAAGGACUGGAGUUCAUGGGCCAUGGUAGAGAAAAGCCUGAAAGCUCUUCUUGACCUUGACAGUCACCUUGAAAAUGGACUGCUCAAAUCAGGAAAUUGAGCACUCUGGAUUGUGUUAAGACUGUGAAGACAGCCAUCAAUUUAAUGAGGAGUUUGGUGUGUGGGGGGGUGUUUCCCUCCUUCUAGAUGUUUUCCUCUCACUUGUAAAAGAUGACGAACCAUCACUUUUCACUUUGGGCCGGUUUCUCACUUGCACUGGCACCUUGCAGGAACUCGCUGCGCUAAAACUGAAUGACUUCUGGGGGAGUGGUUAUGGUUGCAAUACUUCAUCUGGGAUCAGCUUUAAAUAUACUUGUAUGUAAAUACUGAUAAACUUGUCGGGAUGAUCAUGGUUGCCUGACCUCCUGACUUACGCUUCGAAGGACAGUAGGUACACUGUAGGGGGCGGGGUCAUCAUCUCACAGAAAUAGUCGGUUAGGGCCUCUUUCCUGUUAGGAGCUAAUUCUCUGAAAAGGGGUCUCAGCACAGCACUUUCAGUCAAUGCUUGGGAGCUGUUUUAUUUUUAUAUAGUAAGUUAACUGUUAAGAUUGCUGGUGGACUGGAUUAGCCAAGAGGCCUUUAACAGUUCCCUGCCUUAACAAGAGGUGUCAAGGUUUCAGAUCAAGACAUGAAACCUUCAAGAAUGUUAGAGGGAACACCAUUUCAGAGCUCACAGUAUAGUUCAGCCAUUAAGAUUGCUGGAGGAAGAUCCUAAGUUGCAAAGAUCUGCUGUUGCCAGCUUUUCAACCUAAGUCAAUGAAUUAAUUAAGUCAACCUGUGUAUCAUCAAAAUGCCAAAAUACUGUGUCUGGUCAAACAGGAGGAAAACGAGUUUGCUUUAUUUGCCUUGUUUACCCACCCUGCCCUGUAAUGUCUGUAAUCAUGAAGAUUAAAUAAACUGUAACAUUUAGUUUCUGUCAUUACUGGCCCCAUGGAACUUGGUACACUUUAUGGAACAGCUAUUUCCCUGUUACCCCACCAUGUCCUACAGAUACAGUGGGGGGAGUUUUGUUUUAUAAUGUAAAGGUGAAGAAAAAGUUAUACUUUAUCUAAGCUAGACUGUAUGCCAUAACAAUUACGAACCUCACUGACUUGCAAAGUUUAUUUCUACAGUAGCCUACACGGAUAUCUUGAAAUGUUUAUGUAACGGCACAAAAAGUCAGCAUCAGGGGUGCACUUACGUCCUUUAGGAUGUCAUAGUUGCAUAACUGUUUAUCUUCAUUAAUUUGGUUCAAUAGUAUGAAACCUGAUCUAAAGAAAGCCUCAAUUUUGUUAUUCUUUACAAAUUCCUACUCCAAGUUUAAUGUAACCAGUCUCUAAUGUCACUUCAAAACAUUCUGCAUUUAUAUUUUGACUGUUUAAGGUCCAUUUUACAAGGAUUAUAAAAGACUGUUUGGAACCCAGCUGAGGGAGGCCAGACAGCCAGCUGCAUGAAGAUGAGCACAUCUGUCCUGAACUCAGACGGACGGGCCACAGCACAGCAGCUCCAGGGGGACGUGUAGGCUGUGGUUAGAUCAUGAAAUGGCAGGCACAACAGGCAUUCUUUUUUUCUUAACUGUAAAUGGUUUUCAACCCUAUGUUUCAAUGUGUCUCCCUUUUGCACAGUACCCGUUUUCUGUAUGCGCUAACACCAAAACCUUGUAGCUUCUUGAAUCUUACCACAUAACCAUCUGGUUGAACCUUGAGAAUAAAAUCAGCUCCAAGCCAA